CAAAGAUGGCGGUACGGAAGAAAGACGGCGGACCCAAUGUAAAAUAUUACGAAGCGUCUGAUACCGUCUCGCAGUUCGACAAUGUCCGGGUUUGGCUGGGCAAGAAUUAUAAAAAGUAUAUUCAGGCAGAGCCCCCUACCAAUAAGUCUUUGUCAAGUCUGGUGGUUCAACUGCUUCAGUUUCAGGAGGAAGUGUUUGGCCGGCAUGUCAGCAACCCUCCCCUCACUAAGCUACCGAUGAAGUGUUUUUUGGAUUUCAAAUCUGGUGGAGCUCUUUGUCAUAUUCUGGCGGCAGCCUACAAGUUCAAGAGUGAUCAAGGAUGGAGGAGAUUUGACUUCCAGAACCCUUCAAGGAUGGACCGCAAUGUUGAGAUGUUCAUGACUGUUGAAAAGUCUCUGGUACAGAAUAACUGUUUUUCCCGACCUGUGAUUUACCUGAGUUCAGAGAUAGAGCCAAAGCUACUUGGAAAACUGAAGGACAUCAUAAAACGACACCAGGGUUCUGUGACUGAGGAUAAGCUGUCCAGCACUCAUGUAGCAGUGCCUAUUCCUUCUAGUCUGGAGGAAGAAGAGUGGGUUCGUCCUGUUAUGAAGAGAGAUAAACAGAUGCUGCUGCACUGGGGCUACUGGCCUGACAGUUAUGACACAUGGAUCCCAGCCAAUGAAGUGGAGGCUGCUGUGGAGGAUCUGCCCACUGCUGAGAAACCCAGGAAGGUUCAUGCCAAGUGGAUUCUGGAUCUGGACCAGUUUAAUGAGUGGAUGAAUGAAGAAGACUAUGAGGUGGGGGAAGGGGGACCAAGAAGGAAGAGAAUUUCAGCGAAGACUCUCACAGAUGAAGUAAGUGCUCCAGACGAAAGGAGGGAUAAAAAAACCAGCAGUGCCAAAAAGAGGAAACGCUCCCCUUCUCCAUCACCUACCCCUCCACCACAGGAGAGCAAGAAGAAAAACACCAAGAAAGGGCCCACUACUCCUUACACUAAGUCCAAGCGAGGACAGAGAGAGGAAGAACAGGAAGAUCUAACAAAAGAGCUAGAUGAACCAUCACCUGUACCUGCAGUGGAGGAAGCGACACUACCUAAAACAGUGACUAAGAAGGACUCAGAUUCCACUCCAGUGAAAGGAGGCACUAUGACUGAUCUGGAUGAACAAGAGGAUGAGUCAAUGGAGACUGUUGGAAAGGAGGAAGAAGAGGGUUCCCCCAGUGUAAAGGGAGAGCCAGUGAAGGGUUCAGAUCUCCAUGAGGAUAAUGUCACUGAACAGACUCAUCAUAUCAUUAUCCCUAGCUAUGCUGCUUGGUUUGACUACAACAGUGUCCAUGCCAUAGAGCGCAGAGCUCUGCCUGAGUUUUUCAAUGGGAAGAACAAAUCAAAAACUCCUGAAAUUUACCUUGCUUACCGUAACUUCAUGAUCGACACAUACCGACUGAACCCACAGGAGUAUUUGACCUCCACAGCUUGCCGUAGGAACCUGGCUGGAGAUGUUUGUGCCAUAAUGAGGGUCCAUGCAUUUCUGGAGCAGUGGGGCUUGAUUAACUAUCAGGUGGAUUCAGAGAGCCGGCCCACACCCAUGGGACCUCCACCCACCUCACACUUUCAUGUGCUGGCAGACACUCCUUCAAGUCUGGUACCACUACAGCCUAAAGCAUCCCAGACUUCAUCCUCUCAGCAUAUGCUCUCAUUCCCUGACAAAGUGAAGGACAAACCAGCCGACCUGCAAAAUUUUGGGCUGAGGACAGAUGUGUACAGCAAGAAGAGCGGCCCAGCUAAAAAAAAUGCAGCCAGUGCCACUCGGGAAUGGACUGACCAGGAGACACUACUUUUGUUGGAGGGUUUAGAGAUGUAUAAGGAUGACUGGAAUAAAGUAUCGGAGCAUGUGGGCAGCCGCACACAGGAUGAGUGCAUCCUCCAUUUCCUCCGUUUACCAAUUGAAGACCCCUACCUGGAGGAUACCUCCUCCUCCCUGGGCCCUCUGGCCUAUCAGCCUGUCCCUUUCAGUCAAGCAGGAAACCCUGUCAUGAGCACAGUGGCAUUCCUGGCCUCUGUGGUUGACCCUCGAGUGGCCUCUGCUGCAGCUAAAUCUGCCCUUGAGGAGUUCUCCCGGAUGAAGGAGGAGGUGCCGGCUGCGCUAGUGGAGGCUCAUGUGCGUCGGGUGGAGGAGGCGGCCAGAACCAGCGGAAGGCAGGACCCUCUCUACGGCCUGGAGGGGAGCGGCAUCGCAGGCACCGGCCUUGAGGAUUCUGACAAACCCGCUGAUGAGGGCAGUGAGGAGAGUAAGAGCAGUGAGGUUCAAUCCAGCCAGGAUAAGAGAGAAAAUAAGGAGAGCAAAGAUGGACCCAGCGAGGAGGAAGAGAAACAAGGAGAGAAUGGCAAGAAAGAGGAAGAGAGAGCUAGAGAAGGGGAGACAGAGAGAGAGACAGAGAAGGCAGACUCAGAAAUGGGUGACAGCGAGAAGGAGAAAGAGCGGAAGGAGGGACCAGAAGAGGGUCAGAGGGAUGGAGAGAGUGAGGGAGAGAAGAAAGCAAAGGUGGAGAGAGAUGUAGGAGAGGGAAACCUGGCCACCGCUGCUGCCUCUGCUCUCGCUGCUGCUGCUGUGAAAGCGAAGCACUUGGCUGCAGUAGAGGAGAGGAAGAUCAAGUCUCUGGUGGCUCUGCUGGUGGAGACCCAGAUGAAGAAACUGGAGAUCAAACUCAGACACUUUGAAGAGUUGGAGACCAUCAUGGACAGAGAGAGAGAGGCGUUGGAGUAUCAGAGGCAGCAGCUUCUUGCUGAUCGUCAGUCGUUCCACAUGGAGCAGUUGAAGUAUGCGGAGAUGAGAGCCCGACAGCAACACUUCCAGCAGAUCCAUCACCAGCACAAUAGUAACCAGCCUAGCAACCAGUCAGCUAGUGUUCAAUCUGUACCCCACCAGCCUGUCCCCAAUGCCUCUGCCCCGCCCCCAACAUCAAGCCCCGCCCCCGCAAACACAUCUAAUGCCCAAAAUGAAGCUCCUCCUGCCUCUCACUGUUCUCCCCCCACCAAUGCACAGGCUGGAGCAGGGCAAGAUUCCAGCACAUCACUCCCUGGGGAUUCUCUCUAUCCAAAUGCCCCUGUGCCCCCAACACAGUAAAGAGAAUGUGUGAUGUGUUAAGGGGAUGAGUUUGAAUGAUUCCAGAGAAGAAAAUGGAAAGAUCUCAGAAUGAAAGAUUGAAGCAGUGUGAUAGAAAGAAAAAGAGAUGGGAGAUAAAGGGAACAAUAUCUUCUUUUAGUCACUUUCAUCAUUUUUGGGAGAAAAAUGAUAUAAAUGAAUUUUGCCAGCAUCUUGAACAUGAAACAAUUCAAAAUUUAUGAAGCUAAACCCAGAUAACCUUGAAACAGACUGUCAAAAAUUCAUAAAAUAAACAAACAAAAAGAAGGAAAGUUCUUAAAUCAAAGCCCCUGUUAACACCCAACAUAAGCACUCCAGACCCUCAACAGUCUGCAUUUAUGUACCACAAACAAGCUUAGUUCUGAAAAGGAUUGGAGGUUUUUUUAUAGUAUCAUCGUCUCUCACCAAACCUUCAGCCAAACUACAGGAUCCAUAAACCUGUGUACCAGGAUCCAGCAAGGUACCUGUGAUCUGCAGUCCAAAAGCACCUCAUUGCACUUCAGGUACUUAAGUCUCAAAUGGAAAUGGAAAAAAAAGAAAACAGAUAAAUUGCGCUUAGAAUGUUUCCCUAAUUUUAAUUUUGGAGAGGUGAAGCAUUAAAGUCAGACCUAGCCCAUACUUAAUGUUUUCUUCUGUCAGUGUUCUUUUUAUCACUCAAUCUUUGUAUUUGUUUCAUAGAAACACUCAAUUUGGAGUAAGUCCGAAGAGAAACUUGACUUUGUAAUUGUUACUCUGUGUGUGUGUGUGUGUGUGUGUGUGUGUGUGUGUGUGUGUGUGUGUGUGUGUGUGUGUGUGUGUGCGUGCGUGCGCGUGCGUGCGUGUGUGUGUGUUGAUUUUGCUUUCGGGACAAUGUGAAAGCUUUAGUGAUUUGGCCUGUUUUUUUAUGUACAUUUAGAUAUUAGCAUGAGGAAAAAAAAGAGGAAAACAGUAUUAAAUCUGUUUACUUUGUAUUAAGUGUCUGACAACAUGUACUGUAAACCUGAAAAAUCAUGUCAUCAAUAAUUGAUGUUUGCAUGAUAUUUUUUGAGUAUGUGUGCUGGUAGGAUACAUCAUCAUACAGUGUUGCACUUCAUUUUUAACUGUCGAAAGUAGUAUUGUUCUCUAUUCCAUUGCCGUACUUAUGAGAAUACUUAAGGGUGGACAUAUAUGGUUAAUCACCAAUGAAAAAAUAAUGGGAAACGCUGCUUUCCAGGACAACAAAACUCAAUAUGUGUCAAAUCAGCUUUAAUCAAUUCCUGCCAUUAUAGUGAGAUCAUAUCACAUAUCCCUGAACAAAAACAGGUUAAACCAGCCUAACAUGGACUGUAGGUCUUAGUUGGUCCCCCAGCCUGGUCAGGCUAGUCUAUUGACUGGUUUUAGAGAGGGUUUAUGCACCACUGGUCAGGCUGGGAGACAACCCAACUUCCCAGCUGAGCACCAGUUUUGCCAGACUGGGAGACCAGCAAACAAUCUUAGGCUGGUUUAAGCUGUUUUCAGCUUAUGUUUAUGCUAUAACUGAUGUUACAUUUCAGAUUGUUAAAGAAUGUUGUGUGUUUAUGUAUGGGAGUUUUUAGGAUUAGGCCAAACCCACGGAAAGUAUUUGCUAAAUGAAGGGAAACCAUUUUUUGUUACUUGCAUUUUAAGGCAACUACCUUAUCAGUACAGACAAGGGAUUUUGACAUUACGUUUGCAGCUGUGGUCUGUGUAUCUCAUAUCUUCAUAUUGUAGCUGUCCUAUUUUUGUAUUUUUAUGAUUCUUUACACUAUUACGACUGACGUAAUGCUGUUAUCAUAUUAUACAUGUUCGUAAUGUUUCCUUCUCUUUCUGAUUGUUGAUGUUCUCGUAUUAUUGAUAUGUUGAUGUGAAAGUGUCAGUCGCUUUAUAUGAUAAGGCUGGAAUUCUUGUAUGUGUGGGUUGUGCAUGAAGAU